UGCUUGAUUGAUCGGCAUUGUGACAGUGUCGGUCCAGUGAAUUGGGUAUAUGUUGAAGGACGUAUCUAGCUGAGCUGUUGUUGUAGUAGACGCAAUUCAGCGCUCUUUAUAUUUUGAGGCAAAAGAUACAAAAUUAAUCAUUUACAAUGGCUGAAUAUGUGGAAUUUCGUGCGGAGGAAAUGAUUAAAGAACUUGAACAAAUGGAGAAACUUCAAUUGUUCGACAAAUCGGAAAUUAGGCAAAUUAUAAAGAAAAGGAAAGAUUUUGAGUACAAACUGAUGAGGAGAACCAAAUGCAAAGAAGAUUUUCUUCGAUACAUACAAUAUGAAAUGGAUGUAAUGAAACUGGUCAAAAUUCGGAAAGAGACCCUGGGUAUCAACCAGAACAACAUUGACUACUUAGUGGCUCGUCGCAUAGAUAAUGUAUUUAAGGGAGCACUCCACAGAUUUGGUGAUGAUAUUAGACUAUGGCUUUCAUACAUUAAAUUUUGCAAAAGAGUGCAUUUCUACGCUUCAGUUAGCCGCAUGCUGGUAAAAAUGGUGCAGGUACACAGUGAUAAACCUCAGAUGUGGAAACUUGCUGCUCGUUGGGAAUUCGAAGAGAGUAAUUCCGUGGAGAGUGCCCGGCAGUUUCUUCUCCGAGGCCUCAGAUUUCACCCGGACUCAAAACUUCUAUACACAGAGGCAUUUCAUUUGGAACUUGCUUAUGUUAAAAAAUUGCGAGCUGAGCUGGACCAGAAAAAAGAAAAGGAAGCAUCGGCAGCUGCCACAGAUGCUCCUUCAACUGUGAGUGGAGAUGCGCAGAGUGCAGCAGACACCUCCAAAAUAUCCACAACACAGCAGUUCCAAGAUGAGGCAAUUGAUGAGGUUCUUGAUGGACGACUUGCAGAGGUCAUCUACGAAUCUGCAGUAAAGAAAGUGAAUGAAGUUUCUUUCAUUAUUGGUCUCCUAGCUGUGGCAAAAGAAUUUGACUUCACAAAUAGACUUCAGAUGAAAAUCAUCAAUGACAUGCUGACACGUUACCCAAAUGACGAACUCACUUGGGAUGCCAUGGCCCGCCGAGAAUUGCAGGGGCUGCCGUAUUCGACAGACGAUGCCUCGAGCACUGAGCGCGAGCGCUCCGCACCGGAGCAGGACGCCCCUGAUGAUGGCGCCACAGAAACGCGGGAUGAGCAUGCUGGCAACAAGAAACUUCUGGAGUCUAAAGGUCUAAGUGGGAAACUCUGCUUGAAGGAAAGAAUAAGACGUUGUGUCGCCGUGUAUGAUGCUGCCGUAAAACAACUGCCGACAGAGCGUAUGUGGUCUCUGUACAUAGAAACAAUGCAGGAACUCGCUCAGGAGGCGACUCCUUUGCCGACUUUCAAGCGGAAAAUGCUGCGUAAUGCUUACCAGGGUGCACACAGUGCUGGAAGAAUGCAGACAAAAUACUAUCUUAUGUGGGUGGACAUGCUGCAGUCAGCUGGUAAGUUGAAGAAGCUGUGUGGCGUGCUGCGCGUGGCAACAGAGCGCCUGCCCCUGAGUGCGGAGCUGUGGCACCUCCGCCUGCGGCUGCACUUGGCGCGCAACGAGGAGGACCAGGCGAUCGCAGUGUUCCGCGAUGCGGUCAGCCACUUGGGCACACGCGAGGCGGCGGCCUUGCCACUCUGGAAGGUGCUGCUGCAGUACUACCAGACCAAGAGCAUGGCGCGCGUCGAGGAGGUGUUCCAGAAUGCUGUGUCCCAGCAGGACAGCCCUGUCGCUGUCGCCCUCAAGCCACUGUACCUCGAGUGGCUGGUGCUGGUCAAAGGAAUUGUGGCAGCUCGCAAGAUGUAUGAAAAGUUGAGUGUGCAGCCUCCAUUGUGCCUCGAAAUGCACAGCAAGAUGGCUGCAUUGGAGUGCAGGGUCCCAGAGGUCAACUUCAAGCAUGUCCGCCGCUGCUAUGAGCUCGCCUGUGAGCAGUUUGGAAAAAACAAUACAGAUGUCUGGAUGGAUUACGUUAAAUUUGAACAGAAACUUGGUGAAGCAAAGAAUGUGAGUGAGAUAUAUUGGCGAGCAUUGAAGAAUUUGGAUCCGAAGCACACGGAUGCAUUCAUCAGUGAAUUCAGUCUCGUGAAGACUGGAAUGGCGGGCCAGAAUGCUGCUACUUCUUCUGUCGCUCUGUAGAGGGGCUUUUUUUUAUCUGUGUACGUCACUGUAGUGUAGUCAUAUUGAGAUUUAUUUCCCUGUUUAUCUCUCAAAUGCAAAAUGAUUAGACGUUUUGCAAUUUUUGCUGAUUGUUAAUUUCCUUAGCAUUGUAACCAUGUUGCUUAGCUUCUUUUUUAACUAUCAAGUAAUCAAUGAUGCACAUUUUUUUUCUACAUAUUCAUUUUUAAAGAUAAAUACGUAUUAAUUCUGUGAAAUAUGUAACACAGUUUGUAUGAUCUAACUGUGAUGUGAAAAAUAUUUUUUGUUGCGCCAAUGAAAGCAUGCACAAUUAUUUCAAAAUAAUGUGAAUUACAUUAAAUUAGAAUAGGAUAAAUCUACCUGAUAAUUGCAGAAACUGGAACAAAUGGGGUAGUAUUGACAUAUAUGCAAAACAGGUGAAGGUAACAGAUCUUGGGCUUCCAGGGUAGGAAUCUUCUUCCAUUGGUAAAGUCCUGAUCAAGAAUUACUGCUUGUGUUCCAGUAUAUCCACUUCUUGAAAUUCUGGUUUUUUCUGUCUUUUGUUAAGAAAAAUAUGGGAAUAAUAAGUGCUGUAUCUUGUGUGUGUAUGACAUAGUAAUGUAUGGAAAAUUCUGAACUAA